UCUUAUCCUGAAGUCCCGCCCGUUGGUGACUGUCAAAACAGCUUCGUUGGGGUAGAUUUUCUGUUUUUUACCAUGCUUGGGUAAAUAUUUAGCAAGUGUUACUUCCUAACAAGUGUACAUUCAUGGGAAUUAGUGAACAGGAACAAUAUUCGUCUCAUUGCCAGACUCUUUUUUUUUUUUUUGCACAGUGGAAUUUUGCUAUUCUUACAGCAGUAUCAUUAGCAAUGCUAAACAGCAGUAGCGUUGUAAAACCGAUGCUGCAGGUGACAACAACUCCUCCUCGCUCCUUGCUCGUUUAGUGACACAUUUAACUUGGUUAGGCUCUCGUGGCCGUGAAGGUGAAACCUGUCUCGAGCGUUUCCAGACCGGAACAAUGAAUGUCUUCCGACACCUGAUAAACUUUGGGGUGAACCCUGCAGCGCUGGCUUAUGCCAUGACCACUCUGGGGUCUAGCAUGAUAAACAAUAUGUUCAGCUUCUACUAUGUGAAACUCUUCCUGAAUAGGUACAAGAUAUCCGAAGGAGCGUUUCACCAAUCACAAGUGGUGUACAUGGUGUGGAAUGCAGUUAAUGACCCUCUCUUUGGUUACCUGCAAGAUAACUCCAGGGUACCCUGCUGCUCUCAGCGACGUCUCUCCAUCCUGUACGGCGCUCCCCUCUAUUCGCUAGCUUUUCUUUUAGCCUGGUUCCCGUGGCGUUCCUAUGCCCCUGGCGACUGGUUGAGUGGUUUGCACUUGACAGUAGCGCUGUGUGCUUUCGAUGGCAUGCUAACUUUUGUGCUGUUGGCACAAUGUGCCUUGUUUGCAGAGAUUUCCAGCCAUCAUCAGAACAGACUUAGACUCAUAAAGUACAACCAGGUGGCUUCUCUCAUUGGCUCAUCCAGUGUCCUCUUCUGUGGUGUGGUUUCCAACAACAUGGAAGACUUCUUGGCCUUUCAGGCAUUUGCUGUGCUGAUUGCUAUCCUGAGCUGUGGCUGCAUGCUCUACACAGGCCUCCACAGCGAGAGUCGCUUUGACAAUAAAUCAUCUCAAUCAGAUGCUCUCGCGUCUGUUGAUCAGACUUUAGAUCCAUUGGCAUGCUCCUUCUCCACGUUGAAAACGUUGACAUGGCAAAUCCUGACCAACAGGGACUUUCAGCUAUUUGUACUAAUGAACUUCUUCCAGGUGUUCAUGCUGGCCUUCUUUAAUAAUUUUACCAUGAUAUUUACUGAGCACCUGAUUCCUUCAGAUGUGCUUCCAUCAUUGGCAAAGAGCAUCAUGUAUGGAGCAGGAUUCAUCUGUCCACAGCUUUUAGUGCUGAGCUCUCAGAGUCUGCUGCAUAGGCAUGGCUACUACAGGAUCAUCCUCUUCAUCUUCUAUGUGGAGGCUGGAAUGGCAGCUGUCAUGCUAGCAAUUGGUCCUCAGCACUACUAUUUCAUGGCAUUUUUCCUCACCAUUAACAUGGUUAUAAUUCAGGGCUCCUUCAGUCUUUUUGGGUUGCCUUUGGCUGACAUUAUUGACACUGACCUGCAGAAAUACAAGCGAAGUUCCCCUCUCUCUUCUAUGGUGUUUGGAACAAAUGCACUGUUCACAAAGCCAGCUCAGUCUCUGGCUCCUAUGAUAGUCUUAAGUAUCCUGAACCAGUUUGGGUAUGAACAGCUGAAGGAUGUCACAAAGGAUUCAGAUCCGAGUGCCUUGGAGAGCCUCCACAGAGCCAUGUUCUACUUGGUUUGCUUGGUGCCCAUGUGUGUCGCUGCUCUGCAAGUCCUGGCUUGGAGGCCGUUUUCCAUUCGCAACAGUCACACAGUUGACACAAAGUGUAUUGAUGGCUAACAUCAGUAUUCUCGGUAUUCAAAGAACCUGGCUUAAUUGCCUGUAGUUGGGAUCUGUAAAUGAGUCAUUUAAAAUUAGUAUUUUUGUAUAUUUAAAUGAGUGAAUAUAUUGAAAUUUUAACAGGGAACAACUGUAAAUCAUAAAGUACCUUAAAAUCAAACAAAUCAAGGGGCUUUAAAUAUUUGAAGUGGAAAGAAGUAAAUGUUUUAAAUGGCAAUUUUCAUCUGGGUGCAAAUAUAUCUAGAUUUUAUCCCACUUACUUUGAUUUAAAAGUGGUAUUUUACUUCCCAUUUUUAAACAUUUACUGAUUGUUGGGUUGGGCGGGGCACAAAUUCAGCAUUAUAAUAGUUUGUUAGUUUAUAAUUAGUGUGUGAGAUAUAUUUUUAUGACAAAAUCCCACCAACUGUUCAGCUACACUUAUCAGCAUCCUACAUUAUAAGGUGGAUGUUCGGAAGGCCAAAAGGUUCUGAGUAAACAAUGAACUUAAGUAAAGGAACUUUACUCAUGCAAACAUUGAAGUUGGAUGUUAGAUCGCUGCUUUAGCAAUGAGAACAAAUAGUCGAGACAUUCUGGAUCCUCAAAGAGUCAACUGAAACACAAACUCAAGCAUCUACUUGAAGAGAAGUAUUUAGUUAACAGCUUCACAUCUCUGGAACAAAAAACUGGUCGUGUGGUUAUUUCUUGAAGACUAUCAUUUAAGUGUCAACUUUGAUUUUUUGAUCAUUUUGUGCACAAAAAAUAUUUUGUUUAAUUUUUUUGUCUGUUUAUGAUGCUUUUAUAUAUCAUCUAUAUCAGCGGUUACCCAACCCCCGGGCCUCGGACCGGUACCGGUCCGUGAGUCGUUUAUGCAGUCUUUGAAUGAAGGCUGUAAAUGGUGAAAACUAAUCUAAGGAUUAUAAUCCAGUGUAUGAAUGGACAUUAUAAUGUAAAAUGUAUUGAGAUUUAGGGGAUGGGAUAUGCUUCACAGCUGGCUAAGAAUGCUAAACAUUGCCUUAAUGUGAAUUUCUAAUAAGUUUACUGUGAUUUCUCUAAAGAGAAACAACGCCCUCUCUUUUCCUAUGAUAACAUAAGCUGUAUUUGACAUACAGACAUGUGCUGUAUUUUGUUCUAUGUUUUGGUAUCAGAUUCUAUAAAUGUGUUGUUUCUAAUUAAAAAUGGUAAAAAAAAAUCUAUCCGUGGUACAUUUAUGUUUUUGAUUAGAUUUUAAGAAUAUUUUAAAGAAAUUCUUGGUCAAUAAUGUAACAAACAUUAAGCGCUAUCAAAAAAGUGCCAUGACUUCUUUAAUGAGAAAUGGCUUUAUCAUUUCAUGUCAGUUCACUGCCAGUAAUCGUCGUGAUUAAUGAUUCGUGCAAUAAAAGGUGUAACAUUUUGCUUUUUGUAGAAGUGAAAUUCAGAUGUAAUUCCUCUAAUGUGGAUCGUCUAAUUAUCCCCCUUUUGUGUUGCAGAAAGCCCUGAAAAUAAAAUCCUUGGAAAAAGUUGUUA